AGGUGAUUUGAUUGCAGAAAGCGUUUGAUCGCCCAAUAUGAAAGAUUGCCUGUGGAUUGUAUUCGUGAUUGUCGCCGUCAUCUCGACCCUUCUGGUCCUAAUCUGCGCCCAUCCUGUGGAGGAGCAAAAGGUCACUCUGGAAGAUGCUGCAGCACAGCCGGGAAUCGAUGAUGGCACCGGAGUGAGGGCCGUUCGUCACUUUGGCGGCCGCGGCUUUGGCGGAGGCGGCGGAUUUGGCGGCGGCGGCGGAUUUGGCGGCGGCGGAGGCUUUGGCGGCGGCGGCGGUUUUGGCGGCGGCGGCGGUUAUGGCGGCGGCGGCGGCUUUGGUGGAGGCGGCCAUGGACGCGGAGGAGGAGGAUGCUGUGGAGGAGGUGGUGGCUACCGCCGCGGUGGAUUCGGCGGCGGUGGCGGUGGCUAUCCUGGUGGCGGCUAUGGCGGAUAUCCCAGAGGCGGAGGCUACGGAGGAGGCAGUGCAUCAGCCUCGGCGUCCGCUUCAGCCAGUGCCAGUUGGGGAAAAUAAAAUAGUUAAUCGCUAUAAGUGAGACAAAAAUAGAGAAAUGUCGAAACGAAAACCAAAA